GCGCGUCCCGGGCCGCGCCGGGGCUGCCUGAGAGCAGAGCCCGCGCUGACCGAGGCCCGGGCCGGAUGGGCGCUGCGGGCCGGGGCGCGGACCGCCGAGCGGCCGGGACAACAUGGAUAGACACUGAAGACGUGGCGCUCAGUGAGGGGAGGCCGACACAGAUGCACACUGCACGGCUCCACUCAGGUGGUGACAUUCUUCUCUCAUCCCAGCUGUGUGGACAGUGCCACACGCCCUCCUGAACAACAACGGCUCUUGCAUGCAUUUUCCAGUGUUUCUUUUGUCAGAGAGCCCAGCAGAGCCAAGGGUCUUCCAGAGCCAGCCCGGAGCUGAGUGAGGAGUGCCCAGCAGAGAUGGUGAAAAUGACAAAAUCCAAAACUUUCCAAGCUUACCUGCCGAACUGUCACCGAACGUACAGCUGUAUCCACUGUAGAGCCCACCUGGCCAACCAUGAUGAGCUCAUCUCCAAGUCCUUUCAGGGAAGUCAGGGACGAGCCUACCUCUUCAAUUCCGUGGUGAACGUGGGCUGCGGCCCUGCCGAGGAGAGAGUCCUUCUCACCGGGCUGCACGCGGUCGCGGACAUCUACUGUGAGAACUGCAAGACCACGCUCGGGUGGAAAUACGAACAUGCCUUCGAGAGCAGUCAGAAAUAUAAAGAAGGAAAAUUUAUUAUUGAGCUUGCUCACAUGAUCAAAGACAAUGGUUGGGAGUAAAGAGAAAACUUUCCAUUCUCUUUUGAAUACUAUUUUGUGAAAGAAACUGAAUGCAAUGGAAACAUAGGAACAUCGUGGAUGACAGCGUUUCUUGAACUUUGACCUCACGGCGUAGACGCUCGAGUAGCUUUGGACACUUGGACCCCGCAGGCCACCUCCUUAGGUAAGGGCUUCCUCUAAGCUAGGUCUUCUUCACAUGUAUGCUUGUUUCUGAAAAUUUCCCAUGACUUGUUUCUAACUUCCCAAGUUUUAGAGAAAGAUUUAACCAUCUGAUGAUUUA